AUGCCUAGUCCAGAUUCUAUAGAAAACUUUGAAGUUAGCAAAGGUCGAAUAGUGAAAGAUAUUCUCGCAGGGACAUUUGGCGGAGUUGCACAGGUGCUGGUAGGGCAACCUUUCGAUACAACUAAAGUUCGACUGCAAACGUCUCCACACGGGACGAGGACGUUUGAAAUAAUCAAGCGAUUAGUGAAGAAUGAAGGUAUCUUGGCAUUUUAUAAAGGUACGCUGACUCCAUUGGUGGGAGUUGGGGCCUGCGUAUCGGUACAAUUUGGAGUAAAUGAAUCCAUGAAACGAUGGUUUCGAUACCAUGUGAAUGAUGGUAAAGAUCUGAAAUUGUCACAAUUCUACAUGAGUGGUAUGAUGGGAGGAUUAUGUAAUUCAUUUCUUUGUUCCCCCAUUGAGCAUGUAAGAAUUAGAUUACAAACUCAAAGCCAUGGUACAAAAGAAUUCAAUGGACCAUGGGAUUGUGUUAAGAAGCUGGUACAAAAUCGCAGCUUGAUGAAAGGGUUACCAGUCAUGAUGCUUCGAGCUGGUCAUGGUCUGGGGUGUUAUUUCUUGACUUAUGAGGCGUUAAUUAAGAACGAAUUAGGUAGAAGAAGUGUACAUCGAAAUGAGAUUGAAUCGUGGAAAUUAUGUGUAUUUGGUAGUGUUGCCGGUACGAUGCUAUGGCUAUGCAUAUAUCCAUUAGACGUGAUUAAAUCAAUGAUACAGACUGACAAUUUAAUGCAUCCAAAAUUUAACAAUUCAAUGAUGAAGGCUACAAAGACAUUGUAUAGGAAAGAGGGAUUAAAAGGCUUUUUCAAAGGAUUUACACCUACUUUACUUAGAGCAUCUCCUGCCAACGGUGCAACGUUUUUGACGUUCGAAAUGGCAAUGAGAGUGCUUGGAUAA